UUUUCAAAGACACCGUUAUUUUGCAAUUAUUGGUAUAUUUUCCCUACAUUGCAGUUUUGCUCCAUCUACGGUCACACUGACUUCCACCACCUGCAAAAGCGCGCCUAAUAUUUUGGCAUCAUAUAUUGUCCCAUGUUUUUGCAAUAACAAAUACAAUUGGAUACCAAAAAUGGACGCCAAGCGCAAGUUUAACGGGACCUCCAACGGCCAAGCCAAAAAACCCAGAAAUCCCGAUGAAGAUGAGGAAAUGGGCUUUGAGGCGGAGCUGGCCGCCUUCGAGAACUCCGAGGAGAUGGACCAGACACUGCUUCUGGGUGAGGGACCCGAGAACCAGCAGACCAGCGAGCGUUGGUCCCGUCCUGCGCCUCCAGAGCUAGAUCCCUCCAAGGACAACUUGGUGUUUCAGCAGCUGGAUGUGGAAAACUAUUUGGGUCAGCCGCUUCCAGGAAUGCCAGGUGCCCAGCUGGGACCCGUACCGGUGGUCCGGAUGUUCGGCAUCACCAUGGAGGGCAACUCUGUGUGCUGCCAUGUCCAUGGCUUCUGUCCGUACUUCUACAUUGAGGCACCCAGGCAAUUCGAGGAGCACCACUGCGAAAAACUUCAGAAAGCCCUCGAUCAGAAGGUCAUAGCCGAUAUCCGCAACAACAAGGACAAUGUCCAGGAGGGUGUGCUAAUGGUGGAGCUAGUGGAGAAGCUCAAUAUCCACGGUUACAAUGGCGACAAGAAGCAGAGGUACAUCAAGAUCUCGGUGACGCUGCCCAGAUUCGUGGCCGCCGCCUCGCGAUUGCUUAAAAAGGAGGUGAUCAUGUCAGAGAUCGACUUUCAGGACUGUCGCGCCUUCGAGAAUAACAUUGACUUCGACAUCCGCUUCAUGGUGGACACGGACGUGGUGGGCUGUAACUGGAUUGAGCUGCCGAAAGGGCAUUGGCGAAUGAGGAGCAGCCGCAGCAAACCUCUGCCCGAAUCCCGCUGCCAGAUCGAGGUGGACGUUGCCUUCGACAGGUUCAUCUCGCACGAACCCGAGGGCGAGUGGUCCAAGGUGGCUCCCUUCCGCAUCCUCUCCUUCGACAUAGAGUGCGCUGGUCGCAAGGGUAUUUUUCCCGAGGCCAAAAUGGAUCCAGUCAUUCAGAUUGCCAAUAUGGUGAUAAGACAGGGCGAGCGAGAGCCCUUUAUCAGGAAUGUCUUCACCCUGAAUGAGUGUGCUCCCAUAAUUGGCAGCCAGGUUUUGUGCCACGACAAGGAGACCCAGAUGCUGGACAAGUGGUCCGCCUUCGUGCGAGAAGUCGAUCCGGACAUCCUCACCGGCUAUAACAUCAACAACUUUGAUUUUCCCUACCUCAUCAAUCGGGCAGCGCAUUUGAAGGUGAAAAACUUCGAGUAUCUGGGCAGGAUCAAGAACAUACGCUCGGUGAUCAAGGAGCAGAUGCUACAGUCCAAGCAGAUGGGUCGCCGAGAGAACCAGUACGUGAACUUUGAAGGCCGCGUUCCCUUCGAUCUUCUGUUCGUCCUCUUGCGCGACUACAAACUUCGCUCGUAUACGCUCAACGCUGUGAGUUAUCAUUUCCUGCAGGAACAGAAGGAGGAUGUUCAUCACAGCAUUAUCACGGAUCUACAGAAUGGAGACGAGCAGACACGUCGCCGUUUGGCCAUGUACUGCCUGAAGGAUGCUUACCUGCCGCUCAGAUUGCUGGAGAAGCUAAUGGCCAUUGUUAACUACAUGGAAAUGGCAAGGGUGACGGGUGUGCCGCUGGAAUCCCUGCUCACCCGCGGUCAGCAGAUCAAGGUUUUGAGUCAACUGCUGCGCAAAGCCAAGACCAAGGGAUUCAUCAUGCCAUCGUACACCUCUCAAGGAUCGGAUGAACAGUACGAGGGCGCAACUGUGAUCGAACCGAAAAGAGGCUACUAUGCAGAUCCCAUCUCCACGCUGGACUUCGCCUCGCUGUAUCCCAGUAUAAUGAUGGCGCAUAAUUUGUGCUACACCACCUUGGUCCUGGGUGGAACCCGGGAGAAGCUGAGGGAGCAGGAAAACCUCCAGGAUGACCAAGUAGAGCGCACUCCGUCGAACAAUUAUUUUGUGAAAUCCGAGGUGCGUCGUGGACUGCUCCCCGAAAUCCUGGAAUCGCUUUUGGCAGCCAGAAAGCGUGCCAAAAAUGACCUCAAAGUAGAAACAGAUCCGUUUAAAAGAAAGGUUCUGGAUGGCAGACAGCUGGCGCUCAAGAUAUCGGCUAAUUCCGUGUACGGAUUCACUGGCGCUCAGGUGGGCAAGCUACCGUGCCUGGAGAUAUCGGGCAGUGUCACCGCCUACGGACGUACCAUGAUUGAAUUAACCAAAAACGAGGUGGAGUCCCACUACACUCAGGCCAAUGGCUACGAGAACAACGCGGUGGUCAUCUACGGAGACACCGAUUCCGUGAUGGUUAACUUUGGUGUGAAAACACUGGAGCGCAGCAUGGAGCUUGGACGUGAGGCGGCGGAGCUGGUCAGCGCCAAGUUCGUGCAUCCCAUUAAACUGGAGUUCGAGAAGGUUUACUAUCCGUAUCUACUGAUCAACAAGAAACGCUAUGCGGGAUUGUAUUUCACCCGGCCGGAGACGUACGAUAAAAUGGACUGCAAGGGCAUCGAAACCGUGCGGCGAGACAACUCGCCACUGGUGGCCAACCUGAUGAACUCAUGCCUGCAGAAGCUACUUAUCGAACGGGAUCCCGAUGGCGCAGUGGCCUACGUGAAGCAGGUGAUAGCCGACCUUCUUUGCAACCGGAUAGACAUCUCGCAUCUGGUCAUCACCAAGGAGCUGGCCAAGACGGACUACGCUGCCAAGCAGGCGCACGUGGAGUUGGCCGCCAAGAUGAAGAAAAGGGAUCCGGGUACGGCUCCCAAGCUGGGCGAUCGAGUUCCCUAUGUGAUCUGUGCGGCAGCCAAAAACACACCCGCCUACCAGAAGGCAGAGGAUCCACUGUACGUCCUGGAGAACAGUGUGCCCAUCGAUGCCACCUACUAUCUGGAACAGCAGCUUUCCAAGCCGUUGCUGAGGAUCUUUGAACCCAUUUUGGGGGACAAUGCCGAGUCCAUUUUGUUGAAGGGAGAGCACACACGCACUCGCACGGUGGUGACUUCGAAAGUGGGCGGUCUGGCUGGUUUUAUGACCAAGAAAACCGCCUGCUUGGGCUGCAAAUCCCUGAUGCCCAAGGGCUACGAGCAGGCCUGCCUGUGUCCACAUUGCGAGCCGCGGAUGAGUGAACUGUACCAGAAGGAGGUGGGCGCCAAGAGGGAACUGGAGGAGACCUUCUCCCGCCUGUGGACCGAGUGCCAGCGUUGCCAGGAAUCCCUGCACGAGGAGGUCAUCUGCUCCAACCGAGAUUGUCCCAUCUUCUACAUGCGACAGAAGGUGCGCAUGGAUCUGGACAAUCAGCAGAAGCGGGUGCUGCGAUUCGGCCUGGCCGAGUGGUAACCAGUGCAUGAAUUUACUGAAUUGUUUAAUCCUAUAAUUUAAUAAUUAUAUUACUAGAAGUUA